AUGCUGAUCGGCUCUAAUGACACUGAAAAUGAUAUCUUCUUCGACUCGUUGGAUCGCUUCGAGGAGGAAUUGAGUAGCAGCUGCCGCUGCAAGUUGGGGUAUGAAAUUUGGGUUAAUGAGCCUACUGCUAGUGUUGAGCAAAGAAGGCAUAACUUCCUACGUCAAAUGGGUUUGGCUGAAUUUGCUUCUCCAAACAUGAAGAAGAUCCCUCCAACGUCCGAGGAACAAAUGGGAUUGCAUUUCGACAGACUCAAGGACGAGAGCAAUGGAGCUGUUUCGCUUCAUUAUCACAUGUCUUCUCCUUCGGAAGCCUUGGAAUGUUUCACUACAAGAGAAGAGGCUGCCAAAGCAAAUUUGGUGUCUGACGGACUCAAAAACGAUCAACACAAGGCAGUUUUAGCCCGCGAGACUGUUGCGUCUUCACAUGACAGAGAAGAACGCCGUCGAAAUUUUCGUCAUGGUAUGAAGAAUAUGAGCACAAGUUGGUGGAAGCACUUUGUAAACAAGAGGAAGGAAAGAAGCAGUAGAUCAGUUGUGUCUGAAGAGCCAAAACCGGCUGCCAAAACACCUAAAAUAAAGGUGUUGCAGAAGAAGAAGAGGUGUUUAGAGCUCACUGCGCCUUACCUUGGACAAGAAAUUGGUGCGCACAAGGGACCUAUUUGGACUAUGAAGUUUAGUCCAGACGGUCAGUAUCUUGCAAGUGGUGGUGAAGAUGGGGUUGUACGGGUGUGGCGUGUGAGGGCGGUGGAUGCUAAUUCAUCUCUCUGCUUACCAGCUGAGGAGAACUACCUUUGUGGCAAACCGAAUGGAAGAAAACUCAUGAGUUUUAAACGAAAACAUCCGAUCCAUGCCUCCGUCAUAUUUCCUGAUAAGAUUUUUCGCAUCGAAGAAUCUCCCGUUCAGGAAUUUCGCGGCCAUUACAGCGAUGUCUUAGACUUGGCUUGGUCCAACUCAAAUUGUAUUCUUUCAUCCUCCAAGGAUAAAACCGUUCGACUUUGGCAAUUGGGUUGCAAUGACUGCCUUAAUGUUUUUCACCACAAUAAUUACGUGACGUGCAUCCACUUCAAUCCGGUGGAUGACAAUUACUUCAUCAGCGGCUCCAUAGAUGGAAAAGUUCGAAUUUGGGGAUUGUCUGAGAAGCGAGUUGUGGAUUGGACUGAGGUCAGAGAUGUCAUAACCGCUAUAUGUUACCAACCAGAUGGACGAGGCUUCAUAGUUGGCUCCAUCACGGGCACUUGCCGUUCCUACAAAGUAUCAGGUGAAGGUCUCGUCCUGGAAGCACGGAUUCAUAUUCCUGGCAGAAAGAAAAGUGCAGGCAAUAAAAUCACCGGCAUCAAGUUCUCUCGGGGAAAAUCUCAAAGAGUCAUGAUUUCAUCAGAAGACUCGAAACUUCGCAUGUUUGAUGGGGUUGAUCUCACUUACAAAUACAAAGGUCUUGGAAAGUCAGGAAGUCAAAUGUCGGCUUCGUUUACGUCUUGCGAGAGGCAUAUAAUCUCGCUCGGAGAGGACUCCCGUGUUUACAUCUGGAACCACGAUGCCUCAUCCUUCCCCCCUUCAAAACAAACAAAAUCUGUUCGUUGGUCGGGAAUGGAAACAGAAGGAGGGAGCUUAAGCAAUGCCAGUUCCAUGCGAGCACAGGAACACCUGGAGGCCGCUUCCUGGACCAGAGAGUCGGAACGUUUUUCUCUCGGCGGCUGCUUCUCCAUGGGGUCUGCAACUUGGCCGGAGGAAAAGCUUCCUCUGUGGGAACUAUCAACUGCCCAAGGCCAAAAUCAUAACACCACUUCCAUUUCGGAGACAUGGGGGCUUGUGAUUGUAGCAGCUGGAUUCGAUGGAACGAUCAGGACAUUCCACAACUACGGACUGCCCAUCAGGCUUUAA